AUUUUUUCCAUAAAGGUUUUUGUUCUUACUGCCACUAGAAUAUAAUUCCGAUCUUAGUUCAGCAUCAUUACCAAGUAGUGAUUGAUGUAUUCAUAUAUACAUAUAUCUGCUUGUGUGUAUUCAGUACGCCGAAUUUGGUCCCUUAUGUCACAUGGAGCGGAUUGUGCGGAAGCGGAAUGAGCGAAUUGCCAAUCACAAAACAAUUCUGAUAGAACUCUUUAAAAAAUUCCGUCGUAACAAUCCUGUGAUUGGCGAUCCGUUGAUUCCGCUUCCGCGUAAUCCGCUCCAUGUGACAUAAGAAACCAAAUUCGGCGUAUCGAAAACGGCGGAUCGUCCGUGAUUGGUCGUGAAGUUUGAUACGCCCGAUACGCGCGUAUCGCGAUACGCGUCAUGGGACGUCACCCUCAUUCGGUCGAGUUUUCCUUGCGUGCUCGCGUUUACCGACCUCCGACCAGUCCGACCUGCACUGGCUGCACUUCCUGUCAGGCCUGGUUGCCAUGGUGGCCGAAGUCAUGGCUAUAAUGGAAACAAACAAACCGGGAGCUGCCCGAGGCCCACUGCUCCGAGUCAGUGCGAUUCGACGCGUCAUGUGUCCACGCUAACGUUGAACAUCUCGCGCGUGCUGGCGUUUUUGUGAAAUUCCCCUCGGACGACCUCCGCCACGUGUGCACUCUCGGAUCGGCCGACACGGGCGAUGCCGAAUCGCGACGACGGCGUCGACAAGCGUACCAGAGAAAAGCGCAGCAGUCGGAGGAUCUCGGUCGCGGAAAGUGAGCUGGAGCCGGUGCACAGGCCGGUGCGCUACAAACGGUUUCACAGAACAAAGCGUCACUCAAGGGCGAACGGCGAAUUGGAGGAGUCGGCGGACAAAAAUGGAAACGGCAACGGCAUCGCACCGCCCAAGAAGGGCGGCAAGCACAGCGUUCAGAAAAAAAUUGACAGAUUAGUUGAGGAAAAUCGGAUACUGACGAUGAAGCUUGAAAGCUCCGACAUGAACCCUGAGGCUGCUGCGGAAUUGAGAGAGAAGGAUUCCUUGUUGUCGAGAAUUUGCAACAAGUACCAGAAAUUGUUAAAGAAUCACGACAGCCUGCGGCAAGAAUACGAGAAAGUAAGCGCACUUUCGGCGGAGCGCGAAACGGAAUAUCGCCAGUUGCACGCGCAUCACAAGAAGUUCACAGAGGCUUUGCAGAAAGUGGAGAAAACCAAUUCUGGCCUUUUGACUUUUAAUCAAAGAUGCAGAACCGAGAAUGCACAGCUGAACGAAGACGUGCUGCUGCUCAAGCACGUGAUAUAUCGUCUGAACGCAGAGCUCGAGAGAUAUCAAGACAAAUUGAAAGAAUCCGGGCAGAAUAGCGUCCUAUCUAAAAAUAUUAAUGACGCCUUAGAUUCUAAGAGACCAGCAGAUGAUCUCAAAGCGGUAUCGGAGUCGUGGGGUACGGUGAAUACUCAUGUGCUGGGUCCACUUUUGGACGCUUAUCAGGAGAGCCUGUCGGAGAAGCAAGAGCUUGUAAAUAAAUACGAGGAGGACAUCGCGAAUUUUAGCACCAGGUGCAAGGAAGUCAUUGUAGAGAACGAAUAUAUGCAGAGCGAAAUGGAGAAACUGAAGUCAAAGUGUGCCAGGUACACGGAUGAGAUCAAGAUGAUAUCUGAGGACGCUGACUUGCUCAAGGAGUUGAACGAGUGUUACACGAGACAGACCGCUCACCAAAAGCAAAAGAUACACGAGAUCCACUCGUUGUACGAACAGAAAGUGGAGGCGAUGUCAUUUGACAAUAAUAGACUUCACGAGGGAUAUCUCGCUUCCAAGACUGAAUUGAGUAAUUGUCAAGGGAAAUACGACGUUCUCCAUAAGGAAUACGAGAAGUUGCAAAACGAUAAUGCAAAAACAAUGCCUAUGCACGUUCACAAUGCUGCCGUCGAGGAGUGUAAAGAAUUGUUUGAGAAAUUGAAGCGUCAGUAUGAGACCGAGAAGGAGAAGCUGUCCGCUCGCAUUAAAGAACUGGAAGAAUCCUGCGGCCAAAAUAACGCGCAACUGGACGUAGUUACGAUAGAAAGAAAUCAACUGAAAGCUUUGAACAAAAGCUUCGAGAAGCGUUUCAAACGUAUGCAGCGGAAACUGGAGCACUUUCAAAAGGUCGCACACACCGUGCAAAUAUCCCGAGAUUCUUUUAAGAAGCAGUUAAGGAAAACUACGUUAUAUUGCGAAGAGUUAUUCGGUGAGUACGAAAGGAUGGCCGCCGAACGGGACAAGCUCGUCGCACUUUUGCACGAGACAGAAAAUGAAAAUGCAAGUAUUCAUUUACUCGGCGAUACUAUCACUCAACGCGUGGGCCACCUAAAGGAGCAAUUAAAGGUCGUGCACGAAGGUGCCAAGCAGCAAUUAGAGCUGGCGGAAAAAAAUAUGAAAGUGCAGCAGCUCGGGGUGCAUCGAAUGAAGGACGAGUACCACCGGGAGCUGCAACGCUUCAAGCAUCUGCUGAGGCAGAAGGAGGAAACGAUCGGUCGGCUGCAGAAGGAGAUUAGCGCGACUCGCGAGAACCUGGAGCUCGUUUGGAAGGUCACCGCCGCGGACAGCAAGAAAGUCAAAGGGCCGCUGAAAAGCGCCAAGAUUCAGCACGUUUAGUCAAGCUUAGCAAUGUAUAGUCCACGCUGGAGGUGUAAAAUAAAUCCAAUUUCGUCCCCAGUAUCGAGAAGCGCGAUGAGAAAACGUCGCAGCGUAAACUUCAAACACGCCCUAACGCUUGUUACUUAUAGUGAAUUCGGUUGCUUGCAUUAGCGCGCACUAAGGCUUGUUUGCAGUCAAUACUUAUAUUUAAGAAUCGUC